UACCCACAGGUUGGGAGGAAGCUUAUACUUUUGAAGGUGCAAGAUACUAUGUAAAUCACAAUGAACGAAAAGUAACCUGCAAACAUCCAGUAACAGGACAGCCAUCGCAGGACAACUGUAUUUUUGUUGUGAAUGAACAGACUGCUGCAGCAAUGACAUCUGAAGAAAAGAAGGAGCGACCAGUAAGCAUGAUAUGUGAAGCAACUAACUAUAAUCUGACAUCAGAUUAUGCUGCUCAUCCAAUGAGCCCUGUGGGCAGAACAUCACGAUCUUCAAAGAAGGUUCAUAAUUUCGGAAAGAGAUCCAACUCAAUAAAGAGAAAUCCUAAUGCACCUGUUGUCAGACGUGGCUGGCUCUACAAACAGGAUAGUACUGGAAUGAAGUUGUGGAAGAAACGGUGGUUUGUGCUGUCAGAUCUGUGCCUCUUCUACUACAGAGAUGAGAAAGAAGAAGGAAUACUAGGUAGCAUACUUCUACCUAGUUUUCAGAUAUCUGUGCUUUCUCCGGAGGACCAUAUUAACCGCAAAUAUGCCUUUAAGGCAGCUCAUCCAAACAUGAGGACCUAUUAUUUCUGCACAGAUACAGGGAAGGAAAUGGAGUUGUGGAUGAAAGCCAUGACAGAUGCAGCACUUGUGCAGACAGAGCCUGUGAAAAGAGUAGAGAAGUUAACCACUGAAAAUACACCACCUCGAGAGGCAAAUAAUAUUUCAAACCAUCGGGUGCUAAUUAAGCCAGAGGCACAAAAUAACCAGAAAAACAAAGAAGUGAACAAAAAUGAGGAGAAGAAAGCUUUGGAAGCUGAAAAAUAUGGAUUCCAGAAAGUUGGGCAAGAUAAACCAUUAACGAAAAUUAACAGUGUAAAGCUAAAUCCUUUGGGAUCCGAAUACAGGACUUUACCCAUAACCACGAUUCAGGCUGGACACUUCAGACCAGUUCAUUUAAAUGGGUCUGAGAAUAAAGUUGUUGGUGUUGUGCUGGCAGACACUGGAGAUGGAGGUCAGCACAACGCAGUUCAGUCACAUAUGGAGUCUGAACGAGUUAUGCAGAGAACUAAUUCAAUGCUGCAGUUGGAACAGUGGAUUAAAAUACAACGAGGAAAAGGACAAGAAGAGGAAACAAGAGGCGUAAUCUCAUAUCAGACAUUACCAAGAAACAUGCCAAGCCAUCGACCUCAAGUUUUACCCCGGUACCCAGAAGGCUACAGAACGCUGCCGAGAAACAGCAAAGCACGGCCGGAGAGCCUCUGCAGCGUAACACCAUCUGCUUACGACAGAGCCAUAGGACCAGUAACAGCCGAAGAAAAACGACGGUCGAUGCGCGAUGACACAAUGUGGCAGCUCUAUGAAUGGCAGCAACGUCAGUUUUACAAUAAGCAAACGACUCUUACUAGACACAGUACUUUAAGUAGCCCCAAAACUAUGAUUAAUAUUUCUGAUCAGACAAUGCAUUCGAUUCCCACCUCACCUUCUCAUGGUUCAAUCGCCGGUUUCCAAGGAUAUUCCCCACAGCGGACCUACAGAUCAGAAGUGUCUUCACCAGUGCAAAGGGGAGAUGUAACUAUUGAUCGCAGACACAGGACACAUCAUACUAAGCAUGUCUUUGUGCCUGACAGAAGGUCAAUGCCAGCAGGUCUGAGUUUACAGCCUGUUACUCCUCAGAGCCUCCAAGGCAAAACAUUAACACAAGAAGAAUGUAGGGGUACACUAUACAAAUAUAGAACUGAAGAGCUGGAUAUCGAUGCUAAGCUUAGCCGUUUAUGUGAACAAGAUAAAGCUGUACAAGCACUGGAAGAGAAGCUUCAACAGCUACACAAGGAGAAAUACACGCUUGAGCAAGCUUUGCUAUCAGCAAGUCAGGAGAUAGAAAUGAAUGCAGAUAAUCCCGCAGCCAUUCAAAAUGUAGUCUUACAGAGAGAUGACUUGCAGAACGGACUCCUUAGCACUUGUCGAGAAGUAUCGCGAGCUACGGCGGAAUUGGAAAGAGCUUGGAGAGAAUAUGAUAAAUUGGAGUAUGAUGUAACCAUAACAAGGAACCAUAUGCAAGAGCAACUUGAUCGGCUUGGAGAAAUUCAGACUGAGUCAGCAGGGAUACAGCGUGCUCAGAUUCAGAAGGAACUGUGGAGAAUUCAAGAUGUCAUGGAGGGUUUAAGUAAACAUAAACAGCAAAGAAGCUCUUCAGAGGCAGGCAUCAUGGGAUCAAGGACAUUUUCAGCUAUUAAAUAUAAAAAUGAGGGUCCUGAUUAUAGGCUUUAUAAGAGUGAACCGGAGUUAACUACAGUAGCAGAAGUGGAUGAGUCUAACGGUGAAGAAAAAACAGAACAAAUUUCAGAAUCAGAAUCUACAGCUAAAGGCUCACAUUUUCCUGUGGGAGUUGUACCACCCAGAACCAAAUCACCAACGCCAGAGUCUUCAACAAUAGCAUCCUAUGUCACUUUGAGGAAGAAUAAGAAGAUAGAUCUAAGAACGGAAAGGCCAAGAAGUGCAGUAGAGCAGCUGUGUCUCGCAGAAAGCACACGGCCUCGAAUGACUGUGGAGGAACAGAUGGAAAGAAUAAAGAGACACCAACAAGCUUGCCUGAGAGAGAAGAGAAAAGGACUCAAUAUUAUUGGCAUUUCAGACCAGUCUCCUUCACAGAGUCUGUCGUUUGUCAGAGAUAAUCCAUUCAAAUUGGUACAGAAUCGAAAAAAGGAUGAUACUGUAUCUGGUAAUAUGAAGGAAUUAGAGAGCACCAGUAAAGAAAAUAAUUUGAAACAAAAUAAUGAAAGUCCUGGAGAAGAAAUAGCGCAACUAAAGCAUGAUGGAGAACAAGAACAUAAUUCAGGUUUUACUAAAGAGCUGACAAAAACUGAUGAUCUUUUAUCAGAUGCACAUGUUGUAUCUGACUCAAAAGAAGUGAGUAAUGAAGAGAAAGCAGAAAAGGAAAAGAAAAAUAAAUUGGGAGAAACACAUGAUGAUGAUAUAAGCUUGCAGAGUGUGACCACAGUUACAAACCACAAACCCAAAACCAGCUCAGAAGAAAGUGAAGUAGGUAGUGUUCAAGAACAAGGAGGGAUUAUUUCUUCAUUUGAAUUAGCAGCACAGUCUUCAAAAGGAAACCAGACAUCAGCAGUGAAAAGUUUGCCUUCUUCACCAGAAUCGUCAUUGUCACCAGCUCCAUCUACACAGACACAGCUCACGGAAGGAUCCCAUUUCAUGUGUGUAUAGUUACAGAGAACACUAAUGGCUUCUGUUGAAACAAUUCAUGCCUGAGAUGUAUGGACCUGACUUAUGAAAAUACGAGAAGAUAUUGUACAGUAUAUUUUAAAUCUAUGAAAUUCAUAGUUCUGAUGCUUUUGGCCACAGAGCAUCAUUUUAUCACUUCCUGGAAAAUGUUUAUUCCAAGAGAGCUUUAAAUGGCCCACAUGUACACUCAACAACCUUCAGAUUGUUCUCCUGAUACCAGCUUGCUGCUAUGAUUUCUGUGCA